CUGACGCUGACGCGCACUCGGGAGCGCGCACUCCGGAGUGGUUGACUCUCCUCAUUAUAAAGAAGCAAGAGACAGUCCGGAUACUCGGCACAUCCCGGAGAGCGGACUACAGAGCUGCUGCGCUGCGUUUCGGUCCUGUCCUGCUGUCAACCUGCAGCCAUAUGAGCGAACUGCUGUUUGAGGCUUAAAUAACACCAGAGGAAAACAAGGAGAAACAAACAGAAAUAGGUGGUGUUGUGCUGGACAGACAAUGGCUCUCUCCUGGAGUAUGUUGCUGCUGUUUGCCACCCUGGCACUGUCAUACAGCGCUGAGCAUGGGGCUCCUCAUGGCAAGAGGAGGCAGGCGCAGACCUCAGCAGGUGGCAGCAAUGCCCUACAGUACCGCUCGCAAGUUCUACAGGGCCGCGGAUAUAGCAGGAACCGCAGAGGGCACGGUGGCCGGGGUGCCAAGGCUGGAGCUGGGCUGCUCUCUCACAGGCCCCUGCAACCCUUGGCCAGACCUGAGGAUGAUGGGACAGGCCUAGAAGGUCUCAGCCCAGUGAGACUGGAGAUGGGUCCAGGCAGGGACAAAGACAGAGCUCGAAUGAGUGUGAAGAGUCCAUCCCAGGUCCAGGAGAACCACCUUGUAGGAACACGCAAGGAGAGAGGGCAUGGGCAUGGAAAUGGACAUGGGCACCAUUCUGAGCACAGGAGACAAGGGAGCCGGCGUGAAAAGGGGCGUCACAGAAAAGGGUUUUCUCCAGAGCUGAGCUCUGCAUUGAAGGACAGAGAUCUAUUUGAGGAUCCUCUCUCCUCCUCUGCUUCUGCCACCUCCCCCUCCCUCAGCAUGACCCCACCCAAUGAACCCCCUUCCCCCAUCAUUGGCGUCUUUGGCUCCGGCUCUUCUACGGUUACCACGGUGAUGAACGAGCAUCCCCCAACGCUGUCCCCGGCCUCAACCAAACCCCAGAGGUCUGGACGAGGAAAAGGACAAGGAGAGGUGAUGCCAACGUUGGACAUGGCUCUCUUUGACUGGACAGAUUAUGAGGACAUGAAACCAGCAGACAACUGGUCAUCUUCCAAGAAGAAAGACAAAAGGCGGAGUAAGAACCUCAGCAGCGGAAAUAUGACUGUGGAUGCUGAUGCAAUUGAACCAUGUGACCACCACCUGGACUGUCUUCCAGGUUCCUGUUGUGACCUGAGGCAACAUGAGUGUAAACCUCACAACAGAGGUCUCAACAACAAAUGCUACGACGACUGCAUGUGUGAGGAAGGGUUUCGUUGUUAUGCUAAAUUUCACCGGAAGCGACGCGUGACCAGGAGAAGGGGUCGCUGCGUGGUGCCGGAGUCAGUCAGCAGUGACCAAGGGGGUUUCAUUACCAUAUAAAGAGGAGGUGAUGAAGGCCAAGCUGGAGGAAGAACAUAAAUAAUGACCCCCCCUGACCAAGAAGCCACAUGACCCUGCUAAACUGACCAAGUACUUAGAGGUGAUGACUUGCUGGUUUUUCAAAUCAAACCCACAAUAUAUAAAUCACCCUGCUGCCAACACCUAGUCAGCUAAAGCGAAGUAACAGGUGGCCAAAGUGGAAAUAACAUUUCAAUGUUGCAUUGUGGGAUACGUUAUGCAGCCUAAUCCAGCAAAUCACCAACUUUAAGCACGCUUGUUUUAAUUUAGUGUUGUUCAUUCCCUGCAGGAAGACGGCCUCUCCAAAUUCUUGUCAUUAAGAAAGCCUGCAGGGUUUUUUUUGUCUUUUUAUUUGCCUGGUUGAAAAGAUUCACUCAUUGGGUGACACAUCAGUGACUAAAGUUUGUAGCUAUCACACAGAUUAGGUUUGAAUAUUUACUGCCUUCAUGGUUCCUGUUGAUGUGGUUUCAUUUUUAGGCAAGAACAGAUUUUGUAAGUUUUCAUCACGCUGACCUGUUCAAAAUAAUUUUUAGUAUUGCUUUAAGAUCUUUGGAGUCCCAGAACAGUGGCGUUUUCCGCUUCAAGACUUUUAGACCAAGUUAAAUAAUUUUAUCUUGGACUAUUUGCCAUGACUAUGUAGAGAAGCGUGUCAGAUUUCGUUCCCUGUCCUCUUCUCUGAGCUGGUAAAACAACUGCUAAAAGUUAUUUUUUAAAAUAUUAUCUAAACUGGUCUGCUGUCCUGUCCUGUAUAUAUGAUUGUGUUUGAAUUACCAACACCUUUUUUUAUUGACACCACUGUUAAAAAUGUGCUUAAUGAUAGUAAGAUAAACAAAAUGCUUGUCUGACCUUCCACUUUACAUGUCUGUUUUAUUUAUUCAGUACUCAAACACGUGUUUAUAUAUUCAGUUCUUCUGCCUGUUUUUAUUUUUACAAUUAAAACACUUACUAG